AUGGAGAUCUAUAACAAAAAUGAGCAGAAAACCACAGGACACACUCUGAGGAGUUUUAAUCAUGAAGAUGGUGUAUAUCAAGUGGUUACCCCAUAUAACGACCAUAGAGGUGGAGGGGGAAAUCACAGUCAUGAAAUGCACGUAUUUGCUAGAACAUGUGGUUGCGGAAAGUGGCAAAACUUGAAGAUCCCUUGUUCACAUGCAAUUAAAUUUCUUCAAGGUCUGCACCUCGAUGCGACUAGCUAUAUUGACCCAUGUUACAGUUUGAACAACGCAAUUCACACAUAUUCACAUCAUUUUGUGGUGCCAAGUUUAGAGUUAUUGUGGAGGGACGUUCGCAGACCAUGGUGGAUGCCUGACCCACAGCUGUUGUGGGCUAAAGGUCGUCCUGUGAAGUCAAGAAUAAGGAAUGAAAUGGAUGGGGUACAUCGAGAAUGGGGAAGCCGGAGGGAAGAUUCGGACUUGAGGGAGAUUCAACCGAGGCAGCGAUGUGGAGUGCGUCAUCAAGAAGGGCAUAACCGCAGAUGCUGUCCCAAUUCCCAUGGGGCUUCGACAAGUGGCAGUGCUACAAACUAG